GCAUUGCGUGUACUUUUUUUUGUUUCUGUCGAGCAACGCGGUCGUUCCUGUCGAAGAUGGAUAACUCCUCUCAACUUUGCAAACUUUUCGUCGGUGGGUUGAACGUAGAUACCGACGAUGACGGGCUCCGCAAGCAUUUUGAGCAGUACGGUCAACUGACCGACUGCGUUGUGGUUGUGAAUAAGCAACUACAGAGAUCCCGCUGUUUUGGCUUUGUAACCUACUCGAGCGCUGAGGAGGCAGAUGCAGCAAUGGCGGCAAGGCCACAUGUCGUUGAUGGCACCAACGUGGAGUUGAAAAGAGCGGUCGCUCGUGAAGAUGCCGGUAAACCCGAGGCACUCGCCAAGGUCAAGAAAAUAUUCAUCGGGGGACUGAAAGACGACAUCGAAGAUGAACAUCUGAAUGAGUAUUUUUCCCAGUUCGGCGAGAUCGAGAAGGCCGAAGUUAUCGCAGAGAAGGAAACCGGAAAGAAAAGAGGGUUCGGCUUUGUUCACUUCACAGAUAACGAUUCGGCCGAUAAGGCAGUGGUCCUUAAGUUCCACAACAUCAAUGGGCACAAGGUGGAGGUGAAGAAAGCCCUCACAAAGCAGGAGAUGCAAGCUACAGGCCGUGGCGGUAGGGGAGGAAGAGGCAUGAGAGGAGGACAAAAUGGCUUCGGCGGCGGCAGAGGUGGUUACGACAGCUACGGGGGUGGUUUCGGUGGGGGCUACGGGAGCAGUGCUGGCGGCUAUGGCGGUGGCUACGGAAGUGGAGGCUACAGCGGAGCCUAUGGAGGAGGCGCAAGCUACGGAGGUGGCUACGGCGACCAGAUGGGAGGUUAUGGUGGCGGCAAUGGCUACAGUGACUUUGGCAGUGGGUACACCCAGCAGUCCUCCGGUUAUGGGCCCAUGAAAGGCGCCACCACCUACGCUGGUAGGAGCCCUGCUCCGUACGCCCCCCGAGGCGGUGCAGGUGGCUACAGCAGAGGGGCGUAUGGCGGCUACUAAACCGGUGGCUACGACAGACUAUUUGAAAAUAAAUCUCCACACAUACCCGUCUGAUCAUCAAACCGUACUCAAAAUUCAGUCCUCGGGCAUUUGGCAAAAUGCGGACACUGAAACCAAAUCAUUUAAGAAGACCUCAAAACCAAACAGGUGUUCAUACUGUUAUCCAAGUACGCCAAAAUAGCAGUAUCAGUUUGACUUUAUACAGGGACCCUGUGCAAUACCUGGGGUCGAUUGUCAUAGGAUUCUGAAAUAUCUCUUUAGGAUCACAUCCAGCAAACUAGGUAGCCAUGGUGACCUGGCUGCCAGGAAACCAAUCUGGCAACAACUUGGCUACAUCAAGACUGGUGGUAGGGGGGGCACAGCUAAAGCUGUCCCACUGCUGCAGGUGAUUGGAAUACCAGGACCUUCUGCUCAUAUAAAAUCGGGUUGCAAUGACGGCCAGCAGCUUGUGUCAAGUCGAUCUAGGUGGUUGGUGUAUUUGACUACUUCUGUUCUCUUACCCUUUGUAGGAAGACUGGGUGUGAAUGUUAGAUCGUGUACUAUGGAACAAUGGACACUGCAUUGUUGGCCUUGCCAUGCUAUGUUUUCAUCAUUUGCUACAAUUGAAUAUGUAAAAAAAAUCAUUCUAAAUUGGACAAUGUGUAACAUUGUGUUGAAUAGGAGUUAUAGCCUAUGGCUUGCACUCUUUACUCAAAUGUUUGUAAAUAACAAUUAGUUACUCAUAUUAACCUGUUAAUUCAAAUUAGCUUCUCCAUAUUUUAGAGAAGCUAGCCAAUUUUGUUUUGAGCAUUUCUUUACAUGUAUUUUCCCUUUGCAGCUGACCAUGUUUAGUAAUGUUUGCAAUAAAAUGACUAUCAAAUCACA